AUGCCCACUCUACUAUCGCUUCCUAUCGAGAUCUUACACGACAUCCAUCUUCUCUCGACAUCCGAACACUUGCCGAUCAUAUGCAAGCAACUCCUGCACGUAUAUUCCCGAACGACUUCGGCAAGGUACCGGGCGCUUUUUCUGUGGAGGAAAUACGUGCUGAAAGAGGCUGAAGACGCGCAACGACCGCUCGAGAGGAAUUCAGAUGUGGAGCGAAGGAGCCGUGCGAAGAGUAGCAGUGGCGGCCGAGAGAGGAGGAAAAAGGUCCGAUGGGAUGCCAUCCUGGCCACCCCCGCAUGCUCGAUGGAAGUCUUGCAGAUUCUACGAGGCUUUUACUCCGACCCGCUUCCUUCGGACCCGCCCGAGAUCCCCAAGAUCAAGAUCCCAGCACUGCCCACCCGGCUGUUCAAAGCCUUAUCGAGCAAGCCCUCCGAUGACUCGACAGCCGAUGAUCACACUGACGAGCUCGAGCAAGCUUUCCGGUACAUCGACCUCCUCUUGACCGACUACGGCACCUCACCCGACAAGCUUGGGGGUUACCCUUUGGCACGAUCCGUCCUCAGCGGCAACCUCGCCUUCAUACGACUCCUACUCGACCAUGGCGCCCGGCCAGCAAUCAAAGACAACCUGGUCAUCAUGGUUGCCAUCGAGACCGGCGACCUCGAACUCCUCAGACUACUCGUCGAACCCGCCUAUAUCCAUCCCGACGAGAGCCGACUGCCUCUCACACAUUGUUGCUUAAACAAAAACACACCUGAUUCCUCAAAUCAUAAGAAACUUAAACUCGAAGAUCGUGUGCAGAUCACUGAUCAAAUGCUCGAAAAAGCUAUCAAACGGAGGCACGCUCCGAUGGCUCGAUAUUUCAUCGAAAGAGGUGCUAGACCGACUCUAGAAACCAUCAGGAUGAUUGAAUGUCUGCAAAACAUCUGA